AUGAAAAUGAUCGUUCGUACAUCUCGAUGUUUUCUAUUGCAAUCUACAAGUCUAACGAAUCAAUGUAGAUUUUUGAGUAUUGGACAUGAGAACAAUUACCCUUCAUCGAAGAGUGCAUCGACCUCAACGAAUGAAAAUAAUCUAGUUGACGAAUCACUUCGUAUUAACAUUCGACUUCUUGGCGAUAGUCUCGGACGCACAAUUACUCGCGAUCUUGGUAAAGAUUUCCUAGAAAAAAUCGAAACGAUACGCGAAUAUGCCAAACGUCGAGAUGAUGGAACAGAACUACACGAUUACUUACGCAAUCUUCCUGAGAAAUAUUUACUACCUGUUGCACGUGCAUUUAAUCAAUUUCUUCAAUUAGCCAAUAUCGCCGAACAACAUCAUCGAGCUCAUUUCAAAGGAGGAGUCGAUGAUUAUAAUCGGAGCGGUGCUGGUGGUGUAUCACUUCGUCAUGUGUUCAAACGUGUAGAAACCGAAAAGAACAAUGCUAAAGAUUUAUUAUUUGAAACACUUUCGAAAAUGAGAAUCGAAUUAGUCCUAACUGCACACCCGACAGAAACGAUACGACGAACAUUAAUUAAAAAAUAUGAUUUAAUCGAAGAAUGCUUAGGAUUACUCGAAAUGUUCAACACGGAAAGUGAUAAGAAAUUCAUUUCGAGAAGAGUUCAACGAACACGAGAACGUUUGGAAGAAUUAAUUUGUCAAUCAUGGCAUACAAAUGAAUUUCGACAUGAAAAGCCAUCACCUGUUGAUGAAGCAAAAUGGGGUUUUGCUGUUGUGGAAACUUCACUUUGGGAAGCUUUGGCAAUAUUCUCACGAGAUCUCGACCAACUACUUCUUGAAAUUACCGGAAAACGUUUACCUCUACAUGCAUCACCCAUUCGAUUUGCAUCAUGGAUGGGUGGUGAUCGCGAUGGUAAUCCAAAUGUCACUGCUGCAGUGACCAGAGAAGUUUUAUUACUUGGUCGUUGGCAAGCAGCUGAACUUUAUCUUUUCGAUUUGGAAAAGCUCAAAGAUGAGCUAUCCAUGACCAAAGCAUCAGAUGAACUACUGGAUUUGAUUGAUGAUAAAGAUGCCAAAGAACCUUAUCGAGUACUUCUGAAACAGUUGAUUCAUCAAAUUCGAACAACGCGUGAUUGGUUGAAAGCUCAAUUAGAUAAUCAAUUUUUUGAAAUUCCUCCACAAACGAAAUUAAUUCAUUCGAAAGAACAAUUACAAAAGCCUCUUGAAGUCUGCUAUCGAUCGUUACUCGAAAAUAAACUCGAUCUGAUUGCGAAUGGUAAUCUACUGGACACAUUACGUCGUUUAGCCUGUUUUGGUGUUACAUUAACAAAACUUGACUUGCGACAAGAAUCGACACGUCAUACAGAUGCACUAAAUGAAAUUUUAUCACAUAUCCUUCCAAACGAAGAAAAAUAUGCGCAAUGGAAUGAAGAGAAGAGACAAAAGUUUUUACUUCAAGAAUUGGCUUCUAAACGACCACUAAUUUCCCAUAGACAGAAAUGGACAACAGACACGCAGGAAGUUUUGGAUACGUUUGAAAUCAUCGGACGAAAGGAUAGUGAGGAAGCAUUAGGAACUUAUAUCAUAUCAAUGGCUGGACAACCAUCGGAUGUGUUAAUAGUGGCAUUAUUCAUGAAAGAAUUGGCCAAUGGAAAGACCCUACCGAUUGCUCCAUUGUUUGAAACAUUGGAUGAUUUGGAUCGUUCGGGUGAUGUCAUUGAUCGAUUACUAUCAAUUGAAGGGUAUCGAGAAUUGAUUAAUGAUAAACAAGAAGUUAUGAUUGGAUACUCCGAUUCGGCAAAAGAUGCCGGUCAAUUAGCAGCUGCAUGGGCACAAUAUCGAGCUCAAGAACGUUUAUUAGAAGUUUGUCAAAAACACGGUGUUGAAUUAACAUUAUUUCAUGGUCGUGGUGGUACUGUAGCAAGAGGUGGUGGUCCGGCACGUUCUGCUAUCCUAUCGCAACCACCUGGAUCUGUCAAUAAUAGCAUUCGAGUGACUGAACAAGGUGAGAUGAUUCGAUUCAAGUUUGGUCUGCCUGGUUUAGCUGUCUCAUCCAUGAAAAUCUACGCAAGUUCUGUCUUAGAAGCAACUCUACUACCAAUGCCAAAACUAAAAGAAACAUGGCGAGGAGAAAUGAAUCAACUAGCAAAUCGUGCACAUCAAACUUACAAUUCAAUUGUUCGUGAAAAUCCCGACUUCGUACCUUACUUUCGAAGAAUUACUCCGUUGAAUGCACUUUCACAACUACCACUCGGUUCUCGACCUGCGAAACGAAGGCAAGACGGUGGUGUUGAAACAUUACGAGCAAUUCCGUGGAUAUUUGCUUGGACACAAAUUCGACUUAUGCUACCUGCUUGGUUAGGUACCGAUGAUGCUUUCGAUGAAUAUCUCCGAACUAAUCCAGACGGUAUUCACCGAUUACGUGAAAUGAGUAAAUCAUGGCCAUUUUUUCGCAUGUAUAUGAAUAUGCUUGAGAUGGUUCUUGCAAAAGCUGAUGCAGACAUCACUGCCUACUAUGAACAACAACUUCUUGAACCCAAUUCUUCCAUACAAAAGUUAAGUGAAUCUCUACGUCAGCGACUUCAUCACAUGCGUGAACUUGUUCUCCGUAUCACUGAUCAAAAGGAGAUCUUAGAACGCGCACCACAACUGGCACAUAUCAUUUCAUUACGCAAUCCUUACAUUGAACCAUUACAUGGUCUACAAGCAGAAUUAAUGCAACGCAAUCGUGAUAAGCAACCAGAUGAUAUACCGGCUGAUAUUUCCAGAGCAAUGAUGACUACUAUGGCAGGCAUCGCAGCAGGUCUUAGAAAUACAGGCUAA